GCAAUGCGGGUUUAAAACUAAAUAUACGGCGCGGAGUGAGUCACGUACUGUACGCUCUCAGAUACCCAAACGUACGGACGUUGUUACUUAAAAAAUAAUACUAAAAAAAAACAUUUAUCUCAAAAAGAUAACAUCUUUCGAAAAAGUUCAAAAAAUCCAAAGGAAUAUUUUCAAAUUCCGAUUUAACCAGCGAGCACAGUGAUUAAUUCAAUAUAAAAUAAAACGUUUUAACCGGGAAAAUCGAUAAGUUAACAUUUUUUUAAAUAAAACGUGAAAUGUACGUCGACAUCCAACGAAAUGAUAGUGAUGAGUGGAUGUUGAGUCUCCAAACACCUUGCGGAUUAUUACUUUGGUGAGAUCUUGCGAAAUGGGUAUUCGCCGCAACGUGAAACAAUCGUGACAGUUCCUGGAUUAUCCAGAAAAUCAUCUCGUGUCGAACAAUUUAUUUUUCGUUCAAUUUUUUAUUAAAUCAGCAAAGAAAAGAAAUCACUUGAGUCAGUCGUUGGAAAACAUUUGGGGACGUUUGAAAAAGCGCGUGAACGAGUCCGUUUAGUGUCGUUUCAUCUUGCUCCUUAAAAAGAGACGGUGCGUCUUGGCACUCAUGACAGCUCUCCGUGGCUAUUCUAGUAAUAGCAGCUGACGUCCGCCAGCGUCAUGUCGGCAGUUUGUCUCGAGCCAUCGACGGAAAGAUCGAGGGAAGCACUGAAACUGCCGCUGAACAGAAGCCUGAGUGAGCCGGGGCCCCCGCAAAGCCCCACGUUGUUCCUGAAUCCACCGAAACGCUGCAAACUGGAGUCCACCAGCCUCCCAACGAGCCCUUGCGCUGAGAGCCUCACUCUCCAGCGGGUUCUGAUACUGAGCAAGGUCGGGACCAUCGACGCCGACGACCUCAGGCGGAAGCUGGAGACCUCCCGGACGGGCCUCCGGGACUUCCUAUUGGUUGAUUGUCGAGCCUUCUUCUCCUACAACGUUAGUCACAUUAUUGGCGCGAUCAACAUCAAUUGUUCCGAUAGAUUCAAUAGAAGACGUCUUCAACAGGGAAAGGUUACUCUUGGUGAUCUCGCCGUCACCAGAGAGGGAAAAGAACUUUUUAAGAAAAGAACGCUUAAGGAAGUUAUUAUUUACGAUGAUAGUACUUCCGACCUUGAAAGAAUCAACGCCACGCAUCCACUUCUUUUGGUUCUCACCUCACUUGUUGAAGACAACAGGGAACCGAUUUUAUUAUUGGGGGGCCAUCGCGAAUUUCACCGCAAACAUAAAGAAUUUUGCGAGGAAACGUUAGCUACAGCAUUACCCUCCAGAGGAUUACCAUCAUCGGCAUCUUGUCCAUCAAUAGCGGAUAUUGAUUCGCAUCCGGCUUCGAGGGUGUUACCAUUUUUGUACCUCGGGAACAGCCGGGAUGCAGCCGAUUUGGAUCGUCUUCAGGAUUUGAGGGCCACGUGGGUAUUGAACGUCACCUCGCAGCUGCCCGGAUACCACGAAACGUGCGGGAUCACCUACAAACAAAUUCCGGCAUCCGAUUCCGGCCAACAGAACCUUAAGCAGUAUUUCGAGGAAGCAUUUGAGUUUAUAGAGGAAGCAAGAAAAAGUGGUUCAAGAGUAUUGGUGCAUUGUCAAGCAGGUGUAUCGAGAAGUGCAACGAUAGCAAUAGCAUACAUAAUGAAGUACCAGCAGGUAUCGUUGGUGGAAGCUUAUAAGAUGGUGAAGGCGGCGAGGCCGAUAAUUUCACCAAAUUUGAACUUUAUGGGACAGCUGUUAGAGUUAGAACAAAGUUUGCACAGUGAGAACGCGCAACGAAAAUCCCCGUGCCACCCGUACCAUUGGAGUCAACAGCCGUCGGACGAGGUGACCCAAGGCUGCAGCGUUUAGUUAACUAACAAGAAAAGGUCGCCGAAACCGACAUCUGAGUUUUUCUAGUCCGUACAAGUUUUUAUUUUGUAAUAUUAUUAUAGUUUUUCUUUCAUUUUUUUGAAAACGAGGCUGUGCCAUAAAAAUGUAUGGAACGGUUACGGUUUUUGUGCAGUUAAGGACAGUCUUGGCACGAGAUAAACAUCAGUCAUACGAUAACAUAUUAGUUCAUAGAUUUUCUGUUAAUUUAUUGCAGCUAUUUAGUGAUAACGUAGUUAAAAUAUCUUCUAGCUGGGGGGAUGAGUGUUUAGAUGUGUAUUAUGUAAAAAUUACCUUUUUAAAACAAUACCUUAGGUUUAACAUAUUGACUGUUACUCUAGAUGAUAUAUAUUUAUUCAUUUUUAUUCGAUUUGUCAUUUUUUUCGACAAAUUUGUAUAUAUCAAAACAAUUAUUACAAA